AUCAACGCGGUUUGACAUCUGUUGUGUUAUUCUGCCGACUACAUUGAAUACUUUUCUAUUUCUCUCGUGUGUUGAUCGUUUGAAUAAAAUAAUAAAAAAAGGCGAUGGCACCUACCAUCCAAAAUGGAAACAAUACAACUGGCACUGAAGUUCGGCCACAGCGGCCAAUCGAGAAAAAAUCUGAAUUAAUUGCCAGAGUAAAGUAUUGCAAUACAUUGCCGGACAUUCCGUUCGAUUUGAAAUACAUUACGUAUCCAUUUGCCAACGACCGUUUUGUUCAAUACAAUCCAACGUCACUUGAACGCAACUACAAAUAUGAAGUAUUAACUGAACAUGAUUUGGGUGUAACCAUUGAUCUGAUUAAUCGUGAUUUAUACCAAUCGGAUCCGAACACUCAUUUGGAUCCAGCCGAUGAAAGAUUGCUGGAAGAAGAAGUGCAUACACCGCAAGAUUCACAACGAUCACGGCAUCAUGCCAAAAGUGUAUCAUGGUUACGAAAAUCGGAAUAUAUUUCAACGGAACAAACGCGGUUCCAACCACAAAACAAUGAAAAGGUUGAAGCAAAAGUCGGUUUUAAUGUGCGUAAGUCAUUUGUUGAAGAGACAUUGUACAUGGAUCGCGAGGCUCAAAUCAAAUCGAUUGAAAAAACAUUCGAAGAAAAUAAGAAACCAAUUACACGUCACUACAGCAAGCCAAAUGUUACGCCAAUGGAAAUUUGUCCGGUGUAUCCAGAUUUUGCUAAUUGGAAGUAUCCAUUUGCUCAGGUUAUAUUUGACAGUGAUCCAGCGCCAGCCAACACGAAUAAGCAUGUGACCGCGCAAAUGGAAGAGAUGUCACAAGCUAUGAUUCGUGGUGUGAUGGACGAAAGUGGUGAACAAUUCGUUGCAUACUUUUUGCCGACGGAAGAAACGAUGGAAAAACGUCGUAUGGAUUUGAUCAAUGAAAUAUUGUACGAAGACGAUCAAGAAUAUGAAUACAAAAUGGCCCGUGAAUACAAUUGGAAUGUCAAGAGCAAGGCAUCGAAAGGAUACGAAGAAAAUUAUUUUUUGAUUAUGCGACAAGAUGGUGUUUAUUACAAUGAACUUGAGACUCGAGUUCGGCUAAACAAACGUAGACAAAACAUUGGACAACAACCGAAUAAUACAAAAUUGGUAAUAAAACACGUUCCUUUGAACGCGAGUGAGGAUCGUAUGCAACGUUAUCGUGAAAAACAAUUGGAACCACCAUGUGAAGAUGAAGAAAUCGAAGAAAUAGAAGAGCAUGAAAUAACCGAACAACCGAAAAGUGAAAAAAUCACCGAAAGUCAGGAAGUUAUUGAGGUCAAUGAAAAAACUGAUGGCAAUGAAAGUGACCAUUCGGAUAAGUCACAUUCGUCACGAUCUCGCACAUCAAGAUCACGCUCGCCAAGUAGCGUCCAUUCUCGCCAUUCCCGAAGCGAUUCAGAGCGUAGUAGAAGCGGAAGUCGUAGCAGCUCAAAUCGUUCACGCAGCGGUAGCGCUACAUCGAAUCACAGUGGUUCAGCCAGAAGCCGAAGUGGCAGUAGAUCUCGUUCGAAUUCUCGUUCACGCAGCGGAACACCAGCAUCAAACCGCAGCGGCUCGGUUAAAAGUGGUUCUCGUUCACCUAGCCCUGCAUCUAACAGAAGUGGAUCGGCCAGAAGUAGAAGUCGUUCUCGCUCAUCUCGCUCACGAUCACACAGUGGAAGUGCGCAUUCCCAUCAUUCUCGUAGCGGCUCAGAACGUAGUCGUAGCGGAAGUCGUAGUGGUUCCGGUUCACCAAAUUCGGGAUCAGAAUGAAAAAACAAAUAUCAACAUUAGUUUCAAUAAAGUUUUUUUUUUCUUUUUCCAUGUUUGACUGUUCAUAUUUUGAACGUAAAUAAAGAGAGAGAACUAAAUUUAUGAUUUAAAUAAAAAAAUGAUUUAUUCUCUAAAAAUACACGAACUCCAAACCAAUUAUAAUUCACUGGAGAAAAGGAAUGGGUCCUCGCUUUUUUAUAUUCAAUUCUCAAUCAAUAUCAAUUUUAGCCGCGAGUUAAUCAUGAAUUCACAAUAUUGUUCCGGUUUGGUAAUGCUUACCUACAACAACAAAAUUUUGUGUAUAUUUUUGGAUAAGUAAAAUCAUGUACAGCUGCACAUAAAAGAAUUGAAAUAAAUAGUAAAGCCAAAUCAUUU